AUGGCGCGUGCUAUCUUCGGGCUAAGGAUCUGGUUGGCAUUCAUCUGCCUGGUCAACCUCGUUAUCGUCAGCACAUACUACGGCUGGGUCAUCGGCACCAUGUCCAACGCUCGCCAAGAUAGGCUCGACAAACCACGGUACACCUACAACUGGUCAGACUACGGAGUCAUCGCCUUCUCAGCCAUCCUCUUCAUCUCCUACAUCUACUCCAUCGUUGGCAAGAAACAUCUUUUCCACCACCGAUUCGAGCGCGCUUUCCUGAUGUUGUUCCCGGCACUGUUCCUCCUCGGCAUCAUGUUUCGGUCUAUCCAUGUGCAGAUCGAGAGCGCCAAGAUGACGAACGAGAAUCUAACGGGGGAUUACUUCAUGGUUAGGACCAACCCCUUCUCGUGUGAUGGCUUGAAGGAGGACUCGUUGUCGAUUUGUGCCAUCAUGCAGAGUUAUAUUUUCUUGCCUAUUGUCACUGGCUUCUUUGUUAUCAUUGAAGUCGCUGUUACCUUGCUCAGAGGUCCUCUUCAUCAUUCCAAAGCUGACUACUACUAG